AGAGCUGAGGAUCAAGUUUCGGCAAGAUGUAUCAUAUGGAGAAUCCCAUGAUGGUUGCUGGUUGGCCCACCGCCUCAGUACCUGGACCCUCGCACUACUGGCAGGGCGGCAACACUCUUGCAGUCCCGCGUUCUCUUCACAAGGAGACCCGAAACAAAGUCAUCAAGAACAUGAAGCAGCUUGGCGCUGUUCUCGGAUCCGUCGCGUUCCUCGCCGGAGGAGUUUCGAGGUGCAGGGACGAUACCGAUCAUGAAGAGCUUUUCCGACAAGAGUCCAACUUUCAUUACGUGUUCGGUGUCGCUGAACCAGACUGCUUUGGAGCAUUGAUGGUCGACUCGGGGGAGAGUAUCCUGUUUGUUCCCCGUUUGCCUUCGGAAUAUGCUGUUUGGAUGGGGAGCAUUGCUAGUCUAGAAGAUUUCAAAGUCAAGUACGAAGUUGACAAGGUCAUGUAUACCGAUCAGAUCAAGGAUUUCUUCACUUCUUGUUCUCCUACGAAGAUUUAUCUCUACAACGGCGUCAACUCAGACAGCAAAUCUGUCGGGAAACCCGCACACUUUGACGGAAUUGAGGCAUUCCCUUGUGACCUUGAGAUCCUGCAUCCUGCACUGUUCGAAGCUCGCGUGACGAAGACUAGCGCCGAGCUCGAAGUCUUGAAGUUUGCAAAUCGUGUCAGCAGCAAAGCGCACAUCACAGUCAUGCAGAAAGUGAAACCAGACAUGAUGGAAUAUCAGCAGAUGGAAGCUGAUUUCUUGCACUACUGUUAUUUCAAUGGAGGAAUGAGACACGCUUCUUACACUGCGAUCUGCGGAUGUGGCGCCAACGCAGCUGUCCUUCAUUACGGCCAUGCGGGAGCACCCAACAAUCGCAAGCUUAUGGCAGAUGAGAUGAUAUUGAAUGACAUGGGGAACGAAUACUACUGUUAUGCCUCCGACAUCACAUGCUCCUUCCCUGCCUGCGGAAAAUUUGAUGAAGUCAAGAAGGGAAUCUACGAAGGCGUGUUGGAUGCGACUGUGCGUGUGAUGAAGAGCAUGAAACCGGGCGUGGAGUGGAGAGAUAUGCACGACCUGGCAGAGAACACGAUCGCUGAACAUCUCCUCAAACAUGGAUACUUGAAAGGUUCCAUGGAAGAAAUUAUCGCUGCUAAGAUCCCCGGACUGUUCAUGCCUCACGGCCUCGGUCAUCUCAUGGGGAUCGACACCCAUGACGUCGGCGGUUACCCGAAGGGUGUCGAGCGAUUCAAGUCGCUCAGGAUGAAUCGACAGCUUCUUGAGGGGAUGGUGCUUACCGUCGAACCUGGAUGUUAUUUCAUUCCUGCACUACUCGAUCCAGCCCUCAAGGAUGAAACGAAGAAGAAGCUCUUGUGCGAAGAGAAGCUGCUGAGCAUGUUCAACUUCGGUGGAUGUCGUAUUGAAGACAACGUGAUUGUCACAAAAGACGGGAUUGAGUUGAUGACCAACGUUCCUCGCACGGUGAAGGAGAUCGAAGCUGUCAUGGCAGGCUCCGAUUUUCCUAUCGCUGACUCAGACUAUCCUAUCCCACGAAAGAACUUGUAAGAGACGAGAAGAGUGAGGAAGAAAAACGUGCAGGACAAAACAGGCGAUCUGUUGAACUUGCAUGUAUCUGUUGAGUUGACUCUCUGCGUUCUCCGCGCAUGCUCUAUAGAGGAGCAGGUGCGCACUUGUCAUAUGGUUGAGGAGAUCGGGCAGAGGCUGUUCAUCCGGACGACCCACUCAUCAACAGGCUCGACGAACUCGAAAGGGUUGUCGAAGACUCUCUCAACGAUCAAACAUGUUCCGAUGGUUGUCAGGAUGUUUGAGCUCUUGUUGUCUCGGCAGUAAAUCCCCGCAAACAGCC